CACAGCGACGGCCAGUCGUUUGCAUUUACCGCCAUCGGUAGCGCUGUUUCGUCCACCAAAAAGUCUACAUUUCUACGGGAAGAAACCAUAGGGGAGAGACGCAAUACAGCAGAGUGGUGGAGGUGGAGUCUGUAGGUGGGGAGGGAGAAGAAAGGGGAGAGAAGGAAAACGGGGAAAGGCAGACAGAAAAGAAACUGGGGGAGGACGCUGGAUGAUUUACGCUUUAAAAGUUGCAUUACAACAAAUUCCAGAGUUGCGGUGAAGAGGAAUAUAACAAGAUGAUAACGCCCUAUUUCCUAGAGAAUUUCUGGGGUGACAAAAACAAUGGCUUUGAUGUGCUCUACCAUAACAUGAAGCAUGGCCAAAUUUCCUCCAAGGAGUUGACAGACUUCAUCAGAGAAAGGAGUACUAUUGAAGAGGCCUAUGCCAGGUCUAUGACCAAACUUGCCAAGUCAGCUGGCAACUUUUCUCAGCUUGGGACUUUUGCUCCAGUUUGGGAUGUGUUCAAGACCUCAACUGAAAAGCUUGCCAGCUGUCACAUGGAGCUAGUGAGGAAACUACAGGAACUUAUAAAAGAUGUUCAGAAGUAUGUGGAAGAGCAGGCCAAAGCACACAAAAAGACAAAAGAAGAGGUGGCGUCCACCCUGGAGGCCGUACAGAACAUCCAGACCACCUCUCAGGCUCUGCAGAAGUCCAAGGAGAUCUACAAUGCCAAAACUGUGGAGCAGGAGCGCCUCCGCAAAGAGGGGGCCACCCAGAGAGAUGUGGACAAGGCUGGAGUGAAAGCCAAAAAAGCCACAGAGACCUACAAGUCAUAUGUGGAGAAAUAUGCCGCAGCUAAGUCAGAGUUUGAACAGAAGAUGACAGAAACUGCACAGAAAUUCCAAGACAUUGAAGAAAACCACAUUCUCCACUUGAAGGAGAUCAUUCGGUCAUACUCGCAGUCUGUCGACGAAACACACAUUCAAAUAGGAGAGGUCCAAAAUGAAUUUGUGAGGAACAUUGAGAACACCUCAGAGGAGAGCUUAAUACAAAAACUGGCGGAGAGCAAAGGAACGGGCAAGGAGCGACCAGGACCCAUUGAGUUUGAGGAGUGCAAUGCCAGUAUUGCAACUGAAGGUAUGUCUAAUAACAAAAUUAAAGGUGCCAAACCCAGAAAGAGGAAGCCAUUUGGCAUCCCCGGUCGUAGGAAAGACAAGGACACAGAUUCCACGGAGUCUACAGAAGUCGAAGCUGCUAACACUGCCAAUGGCGCGCCCCCUGGAUACUAUGGGGCCAUAGACAUCCAGAAUGCUAAUAUUCCCCAAGUUGAUGAAGAGGGCUUCUGUAUCAGACCGGAAGGAAAUGAAAACGAUGCCAAAGAGAAUUCCUUCUAUUCGUCCAGUGACUCAGAGGAUGAAGAUGAACCCAGGAAGUUCCACGUAGAAAUCAAGCCCGUUCAGCCAAACAACGGCCCGCAUCAGAACCGAGCCACCAUCGACGAGCUUAAAGCCUCCAUUGGAAACAUCAUCCUGUCACCCUCGACCUCGGGACAGAUGCGGAGGAACCAGUCUAGUGAUGAGCUGGCAAAACCCAGAGUGCCAACACCAUAUGAACUGACGCACAACGACCUUCUGUCUCUGGACCCGUUCGGCCCAACUCUGGCAGCAGGCUCCUCUUCCUCGGUGUCCUCAUCAACAGACCUUGCCUCUAUCUUCCUUUCAAUCCCUCCAUCUCCAUCUUUUCUGAUGAAUGACUCAGACGUCUUUCUGCCAGAGGCCUCAGCUGAGGCGGUGACACAGCGGGAGUGCUCCCCUCCCCUGGCAGAGAGCCAACAAUCCAAAGAUGUCUCCUCUUUCUCCUCAUCCACAUCCUCUCCCUGGGACUCGCCAGAAAACCCUUUCCAAGCACUCAAGCCCAUACCAGCGAGGGCCCAGAGCGCCCCCAUCACCCUGCCCACCGAGCCAAUUGACCCCAUCAAAAGCCCGGCUGCGGCCAGCCCUCCGAAGAGCGUUGACGCCUUCUCCUCCGUGUCGUGGUCCCAGAGCCAGUGGAUCGCCUUCAGUGAUAAUUUCACUCCAGCUCGCCGUCAGGGCUCGGGGUCGUCUGUGAAGGAGCUCCAGAGGCCUCAGGCCGGCUCCGGCUCUGGCAGGUCAAGUCGCUUCCUCUCCGAUGACUCUGCUGACGCCUACUGCAAAGCGGCGGGCAGCGGAGAAGACGGCAACCCCGGUUUCUCUGAUGUCUUCUCUGGGAUUACAGAUAGGGCGAUGGCAGCAGCUCCAUCAGGCAAAACAUUCACUGUGCCAGUACCAAACCGGCCAACGACCCCGCUGACCGCCGGAGCCCUGGUACCCCCACCACGACCCUCCUCCAGGCCCAAACUCCCCACAGGAAAACUCACAGGAAUCAACGAGAUUGUACGGCCGUUCAGCCCACACAAGACAUCGAACGCCAGCCCUCCUCCUGCUGCACCACUCGCCCGGGCAGAGAGCUCCUCCUCCUUGUCCUCAAAUGCCUCACUCAGCGCCGCCAACACCCCCACUGUUGGAGCCGAGCACACCUUUGCUCUGCCCCUCUCCUCCCCAGAGCCAGAGCUGCUCUCCCCCGCUCCUUUCUUUGUCCAAAGCCAAAAGGACGAUGUGUUCAUAGCGAAGCUGCCUACCUUUGAGAAGCGGUGUGAAACACCAGCAGGGACGUCUCGCGGUCCCAGCCCUGUGACCCUGGCAUCCCAAGAUGCUUUGCCCAUUGCCGUGGCCUUCACAGAAUCGGUUAAUGCUUACUUCAAAGGAGCUGAUCCCACUAAGUGCAUUGUGAAGAUCACAGGAGACAUGACUUUGUCGUUCCCCAUGGGCAUCAUCAAGGUGUUCACCACCAACCCCUCCCCGGCCGUGCUCACCUUCAAACUGAAGAACACCAGCAGGUUGGAGCAGAUCCUACCCAACCAGCAGCUACUAUACAGUGAUCCUUCCCAAAGUGACUCAAAUUCCAGGGACUUCUGGUUCAACAUGCAAGCGCUGACGUCCUACCUCAGAAAAGCCUCAGAGCAAAACCCUACAGCUUCCUACUAUAAUGUGGACAUCCUAAAAUACCAGGUGCAGUCUGAUGGGAUCCAUUCCACUCCUCUCAACCUGGCCAUAUACUGGAAGUGUACACCGAGUACAUCAGACCUGCGGGUAGACUACCGCUACAACCCGGAGUCCAUGGCCUCCCCCGGUCCACUCUCCAACGUACAGAUCUUAGUGCCUGUUGACGGAGGAGUCACCAACAUGCAUUCUCUGCCUAACUCCAUCUGGAAUCCAGAGCAGAAUAAGUGUCUAUGGAAGCUCAGUGAAAUCUCAGAAAAGUCUGAAAAUGAAGGCGCCGGGUCCCUGAGGGCCAAGUUUGAACUGUCAGAUGGGCCAUCGAACCCCUCCACUCUGGCAGUGCAGUUUAUGAGUGAGGGGAGCACCCUGUCAGGAGUGGACAUGGAGCUGCAGGGGUCUGGAUACAGACUUUCCCUCAACAAGAAGAGAUUUGCCACAGGACGUUAUAUGGCAGAUUGCUGAGGUGACCCGCCACUCUGGUUCUGAUGAAAUAAAAUCUUGUUUGACACAAAAGUUGGCAACUUUGCGAGGCUUCCUGAACCUCUGAAUCCAUCUGAGCUUUUGCCCGGGAGGCGAGAAUCUCACUACAAUAAAAAAAAAAACAGCACUGAGUAUUGAACACUGUUUAAAAAAAACUAAAAAAAAAAAAAAAAAAAAAAAAAAAAAAAGAAUUAAAGAAGACUAAGAUGAGCUUUCAGGAAAUGUGUAGAUAUGAAGUCUAAUGAUGCUUUCUGAUCAAUUCACUUUUGUAUAGUCAGAAACAAUUUAUGGAUUAGAUAUAAAUCUAUAUUGUAUUUUAAAUCAUAAAAAAGGUGCACUAACAAUUUAUCAGAUGCUCUUCUUCCUCUUAUAUUCAUUUUUUCCAAGAGCCUAUAAGGAAUAUAAAACAAAACCAUGUCUGCGUGGAAGAGAAGAAAAGGUUUCUCCCUCUUGGCCUCUGAACUGUAAAUAUUAACACGGAUUAUUCUGCUCGACCAGCUCUGACUCAACGCUCAAAUCAGCUUUGUUUACUGAUCUUUCUACUUUUCCUCCUCAUGAUUUGUCUUCUUUUCGUCACGUGCAUUGAAUCAAUGAAGGUCGAAUCUGUCUUAAACAGUACUCACGCACUAAUGCACAAGCUUGAUCUCUUAAACUAACAUUGAAGUGCUUUCAAACUAAUGCAAAAAAGAAUCUGACCUCAGUGCCUCCUCUUAUACUGCAGAUCAACAGGCAUCAGAAGUGUGUCAAUGUUUUACCCAAAUUUGGGUUUCCAGAUUUAAGCUACAUUUCUCUGUGAUAAAAUGCAUGGAGAUUUUUUUUUAAACAAUCACUAAUGGGGUCUGUGAUCAGUGUGGUCUUUUUUUUAGAAUUGAACUUUUUUUCCCUUGUAAAUUCCCCUUCCAGUCAUGGCUUGUAUUUAAAAAAGAUAUAUACUUUAUGAAACAAUUCUCAGCAAUCUUGACUGUAAAACAUAAAUGGUAGAUGCUUUAAAAACAAAGAAUCAAGGGACAUUGCCCCAAAUUUCACUUGCAGCCUUGUUUUUUAAACUGGCUUUUUUUAUCACACUUCUGUGCCCCAUAAAUGGAGAAAUGUGCCUGAAUCGAAAUUUUCUCUAAUCUUUUUUGUAUAUUACAGCACAGUCAAUGAGAAUAGCACCAACAUUGUGCCAGUUGUUUUUUUAUUUUUACUCCUUUUAUUUGGAUGUUGAAGGGAAAAUGUCUCCUCUUUUUACAACCCGACUGUCUUCCAAAAACAAAGGGGUCAUGUUUGCCUUCUGUGAUUGAGUUUAAUCAUCAAGCCCUUUUAUAUCUUGCCUUUUUCUAAUAGUUUCUAACGCUCGUCAGUUGAACUUAGCCCCUCACACAAUCACUGUGCAGUAGAUGAUGUAAGUGAGUAGCAUUAGCACAAUAAGGCCAAAUUAAUGAUCGUAAUGCCUUCUCACAACUACUCGACACUCAAUAAUCCAGUGUUGUUAAUUGGGGUUAGAUAUUGUGGCACAGUACUGCCAUUGCCCUUUGAAACAUUACUGGCCUGUCCUGCCUCUCACCCAGUGCAUGCUGGGAUAAAACUUUUGCAACUAUAAACAGCACAAGUGGGUAUGGAAAAUGGACGGACGGAUGGAUGGAUGGAUGGAAAAUGUCCUCUUGGUGCUUCAUUCUUCACUCUUUUACUAAUGAAGGCUGCUGCUGUAGAGGCUGUUGUGCUCCUUAAUGGAGUAUUUCUAUGUUUUACAUUGACCUCAACCAUGUAAUGAUCCUAAAAUUGGUAAAUGUGCUGGUAUGUGACGUGUGGAGACGCGAUUAGUUAGUUGCCUGGAAGCUGUGAUUGAAAAUUGAUGAAACUUUUUAGGGCAGGGGUUUCAUACACUGUGCAUCAUGUGGCCAACUGACCUCUUAGAUAAGAUUUUAGGAAAUAUCUUUAAACACCAGGCUUAUUUUUUACUCUCUGCUUUUUAACUGACUGGUUUGUAGGAGAUUUAAACUCAUAUCCAUACUUGAUUCAUCCGAUGUCUCACUUGAUCAUUUAUUUGAUUUCAUCAUAUCUGGCCAGGGUGAUUAUCACCAUUUUUUUUAAAAACAUUUUUAAUGUUUUGUAAGCCUUUGAUAAUAAUCUAGAGGCAGACAUUCAUCUUAAAUGGAUGAUGCAAUAUACAUUUAAAUUGUGUCUGUUGAACUUAAAUUUUGUAUCUCACUCUGGACUUUAAUCAGCCAAAUGUUUUAAAUGAAUGAGUUUACAUAAAAUCCUCAGAUUGUAGCACCAGAAAUUUGUACAGUGAGAACAUGUCGCUCUGUGUUUUUUCUUAAUUAUAUCAGCGGUUUUGGUCCGAUGAGCCAAAUGCAUUAAAAAAGCAAGAACACACAUUCUGUAAUUGUGUUCAGUAUUAGCAAGCUGGUUCUUGCUGUCCCAACAAAACGUACAAAAUAAACUUACAAGGCUCCUUUUUUUCGUCACUUUCACCCAUGCCAUCUUUCUUUAUACAGUAUGUUGUAUUGAACAGAGUUUAAAGAGAGAAAAAUUGUGUAAAUGAUUCUCAUAAAUUGUACAUUUUUACCAAUAUCUCAGCCACUUUGUGUCUCGACUUUUAUGAUUUCUCAUUGUGCCUGUAUUAAAUGUGUAAUAUAUGAAUAUAUACAAAUAUAUUAAAAAAGA